UGAAUGGCCGUGACGAACACGUGAUUAGACGCAUCCGUGUUGUAUAAAACGCGUGGAUCAUUCGCCACCAAACUUAUCUCUUCAACCACCAUCUUUUUCAUCACCCACCGCCUCCACCCUGAUCGCAAUGGCUCGCACGAAGCAAACUGCCCGCAAGUCUACUGGAGGAAAGGCACCUCGCAAGCAACUAGCUGCGAAAUCUGCAGCACGCAAGACCUCUGCCAUUACUGGAGGCGUUAAGAAGCCCCAUCGUUUCCGCCCUGGAACUGUUGCUCUUCGUGAAAUCAGGAGAUACCAAAAGUCCACAGAACUACUCAUCCGCAAGUUGCCCUUCCAGCGAUUGGUACGUGAAAUUGCUCAGGAUUUCAAGACUGACCUUCGCUUCCAAUCCUCCGCAGUCAUGGCACUUCAGGAGGCUGCUGAGGCAUACCUUGUGUCCUUGUUUGAGGAUACCAAUCUGGCCGCAAUUCAUGCCAAGCGUGUCACCAUUCAACCUAAAGAUCUUGCUCUCGCCCGCAGGCUGAGGGGGGAGAGGUCAUAACUUGAAACCACAUACUCAGCUUCUACCCUGCACGUAUUUAAAUCUUUAUUUUACUUGUAUCGGAUCACGAGCUCUACCUUUUGGAUGUAUUUGACGGUGAUAACACAUGCGAUUCUGAAAACUACUUUGCUGUUACAUAUAUAAUGCCUUCUGAGUACGUUUGCGUCUGCAAGGACGCG